CCUGUUUCUCUGACUCAUUAUGACGGCUAUCGGCAGAGGAGGUUAGCCGAGCUGGAUAGAUGCUCGGACUGCAGGACAAAACUAAAAGCAAGGUAAAGAACUGACAACGGUUGAUAUUCAAUCAUGGAGGGGUUUGCAGGAGACAUACUGAGCGGGAGCCGGGCCCUGCUUGGUGAGGACAGCUCGGUGAUGGCUCGCAUGCAGAAAAAGUUCUGGAAGACAAAGCAGGUCCUCAUCAAAGCCACGGGCAAGAAGGAGGACGAGUACGUGGUGUCCUCAGACGCUGACCUGGAUGCCAAGCUGGAGUUCUUCCGCUCGGUUCAGUUGACAUGCACAGAGCUGCUGAAGGUGAUCGAGAAGUACCAGCACAGGAUCACAUGUCUGUCUCAGGAGGAGAACCAGCUCGGCCUGUUCCUGCGUUUCCAGGCGGAACACGAUCGCACAAAGGCUGGCAACAUGAUGGACGCCACCAGCAAGGCCCUGUGCACCUCCGCCAAGCAGAGGAUGGCACUUCGCCCACCACUGCACCGUCUGCACCAGGAAGUGGAGACGUUCAGGCGGCGCGCCAUCGCCGACACGCUGCUGACCGUCUCUCACAUGGAGAAGGCGCGCACCGAGUACAGAGGAGCUCUGCUCUGGAUGAAGGACGUCUCCCAGGAACUCGACCCAGACACCUUCAAGCAGCUGGAGAAGUUCCGCAAGGUCCAAUCCCAGGUCAGAGGGACGAAGGGCCAGUUUGAGAAGCUGAAGAACGAUGUGUGUCAGAAGGUGGACAUGCUGGGAGCAAGCCGCUGCAACAUGCUUUCACACUCCCUCUGUACCUACCAGACCACUCUGCUGCAGUUCUGGGAGAAGACGGCCCACGCCAUGUCGGGAAUCCACGAGGCUUUCCAAGGUCAUGUACCAUACCAGUUCACCACACUCAAGGACCUCAGAGACCCACUGGAGGAACUAGCAGAAGCACAGAAACAACAUGGGAAGAAAAAGGAGAAGGCUCAGCAGGUCAACACAGACAGUCUGGUGUCCUUGGAUGACGACCAGCCAUCUGGAAGUGCUUCUGGUUCAGCGCACCAAAGCACUGCCACACCUCCUGCUGCCCUGCACGCUCUCAGAGGACUGUCUGCGGACUCUGAGGACGACCUGAUGCUCAUGGGCGGGGAUGAGCCACAGUCCCAGGACUCAGUCCCCCCUCUGCAGCCCCAGCUGUUGCCUUCUCGUCAGGGGGGAGGCCCCAGUGAGCCCUGGGGCUUUGAGAGCCUCCAGUCACAGCUGCCUGCUUCUGGUGGGGGUCAACUCUCAGGUGAUCUGUUCCACUCUGCCGGGACCGAGCUGAGAUCAGAAGAGGAAGAUGGGGAAAGAGGGGACAUGGCUUUCCUAAAAGACCUCCUGAGCCCGGGGCCUGGGGCCAGCGACGAGUUCAGCAGGGAGUGGCAGGACGCCUUCGGGCUCUUUGACCCUCCCACUGUUCCUCCACAGAGCCCAGCAGCAACUAGUGGGCUGGCAGAGAGUAGAGUGCCGACAGAGAGUAGUGGACCGGCAGCACGUCCUCCCUCGGGCCCACCCUCCCCUACAGGUUUCCUGCCCUCCCAGCUGCUGGAUCACAGCCUGAGCUCCACAGGCUGGUCAACCCCACCUAUGUUCCAAGCUCCGCCCCUGCAGCCUCCUCCUGGUCACAGCCAAUCGGCUCAGCCGGCUCCAAGUCCAUCAGCCAAUGCCGCUCCAGGUGCAUCCAAAGACAUGUCCGCCUGGUUCAACCUGUUUGCCGACCUGGACCCCCUCUCCAACCCCGAUGCUAUCGGCCGCUCCCCAGAUGAGCUGCUCAAUGCAUAAAGCUGUUUGUGUGUGUGUGUGGAUGUGUGUGUGCAGCACUGUAUGCUGACUCUUACAGGAUCUGGAUGUCGGAAAGUUUUUCAAGUAAGUAGGAAAGAUGCACACAUAUAUUUCUGUCACCGGGAGAGAUGCAUCACCACACUAAAUCACGCUCUCUGCAGCUUAGUAAAUGACUGUUAACACACACAUGCAGACGCUGACUCGUACACACACCGUUUCAGUUGUUGCAAGCAGAGAAUGUUUGGUACUGGCGGCAGUGUAUGUGUGUUUUAAUCAUGUUUGCGUUGUUUGGGUGUGUCGGUUUGCUGUGUCCACACAUCACAGCGGACCCAGGAUGUAAAAGGAAAUUCACCGCACAUGAUUGUCCCGUAUGAAUGAAGAGUUAGCUAUAUGCAUAUACAGAGUGAACAUUGUGUAUGUUUGAUGGGACCUUGAAACUGUCACUGAGCCUUUAUUUGCGCACAAACAACAACAGUUAAAUCUGGGUCCUGUUCCACCCAGCAACAUCAGUGCAUUAUACAGCUAUUUGUAGACCUAGCUGUUUUCAUAACACAGUGCUGACUCAUUUAUGUUUCUUUUACUGGACUCCACAUGGCAUGUAAGUCAAUAUCCCAGAGUUAGCUCAUGACCUAGUAUCCAGGAUGUCCUGCGUUGUGGAGUCCUGCACAAACUCUGGAUCUUGAGCAUCAAUUUGACACCUUUUUAAUCUCUGUAAGGAAAUGUCAGUUUUGUUUCUUAAGGUCGACAGGCGGCACUGAUGUGUGAUUCGUCCUGUCUCUGGAGAGGACUGACGGGGUCAUUGUGACCCCCUGGCCUGGAGUCAGAUUACAGACACAAUGGAGUCUCACUGUCCCCAGCCUCUUUAUGUCCCUCUGUCCACCUUCAUCCCAGAUUCCCCUGGCUCUGAAUGUAGUGUGUUUAAAAAUAGGACGUGAUCUUCAGUCCCAUCUGUUGUUCAAAUUUCACAAUAACAAUUUCACAAAGGCAGAGGAAAAUGUGUAAAGGAUAAAACCUUUAUUUUGUCUCUUGAAGGAUGUUUUAAAGUAGGACACUGGGAAACAAUAUUUUCUAAUGGGUGGAUUAUUUAAAUCCUCUAAACAUGCAAAUCAAAAUGUAUUUAUUUCCAGAUUAUAUAACUGCUGAGGAACUGCUAACUCUAACACUGUAAAAUACUGUUUAUUUUUAACUGUGUGAAGAUUCAAAGAUGGAUUUUGGAAAUGUGUUAUUGUUUUAGGGGAGUGGAGAACUGUUACCAUGUCAUGAAAUGGAUUUCUCACACACUAUUUGAAGGGAAAAACAACCAAUACUGACAUGUUUGAAUGUUUACGAAAUGCUAUAGUGAACUGUUGCAAAUGUCGAGUGGAGUUUCUCAGAUUUAUUGAAUGUUUCAUUAGUUGUUGAGAUGUGAUUAUCAUGCCCACAUGCAUCGACUUCAACCAAAUCCAAAGUUAUGACUUUGUGUGCCUCAGCGACGGUGAGGGGAUGGAAAUGCAUCAUGGGAAAAAAACACAUUUGAUACAAGCUGUAUAUUAUCAUCUCUGCUUAUCUUUUUGUUUUAAAUGUGACACAUGAAGGGGAACUACUGUAUGGUUUUGUCACAGGAUGUAUUAUACUGCUAUAUUUACACACAAGAAUGUAUUUCUCAAGUCAAUCACAAAUGCUUUAUUUAAUUCAACUAUGCCUUUUUAUUUCACUCGAGGGGUUUAACAGAUGAACACUUGGCAGUUCUGUUUCCAAUAAACUGGACAAGCAAACAAAGA